CAACAAACGAGCGUCAAGGAUGAAGGUGGAGUUCUACUUUGUUUCCGGGACUUCCUUCCUUGGUCUUGGAUAGACAGACGAGGGGGAAACAAAUCCAUUCUUCUUUAUUUGACAUAAAAGUGACACUCAGCAGGUCCAGGAUCAGUCGUCAUGUCUCAGCCUGGAGAGAAAGGGAAGUUCCCAGAGGCUGCAGGCUACGUUGGCUUUGCGAACCUCCCCAACCAGGUCCACAGGAAGUCGGUGAAGAAGGGCUUUGAGUUCACCCUCAUGGUCGUCGGGGAGUCUGGACUGGGCAAGUCUACUCUGAUCAACAGCUUGUUUCUGACGGACCUUUACCCAGAGAGAUACAUACCAGGAGCUGCAGAGAAGAUAGAGAGGACAGUCCAGAUCGAGGCGUCCACGGUGGAGAUCGAGGAGCGAGGAGUGAAGCUCCGCCUCACCGUGGUCGACACCCCUGGAUACGGAGACGCCAUCAACAGCCAGGACUGCUUCAGAACCAUCAUCCAGUACAUCGACCAGCAGUUUGAGCGCUACCUGCAUGAUGAGAGUGGACUGAACCGUAGACACAUAGUGGACAACAGAGUUCACUGCUGUUUCUACUUCAUAUCCCCCUUCGGUCACGGUCUGAAGCCCCUGGAUGUGGAGUUCAUGAAGGCCAUCCACAGCAAGGUCAACAUCGUCCCAGUGAUCGCCAAGGCGGACACACUGACUCUGAAAGAGAGGGACCGUCUCAAGAGGAGGAUCCUGGAUGAGAUCGGAGAGCAUGGGAUCAGGAUCUACCAGCUGCCUGAUGCCGACUCGGAUGAAGAUGAGGAGUUCAAGGAGCAGACCAGGGUCCUGAAGGCCAGCAUUCCGUUUGCUGUGAUUGGCUCCAACCAGCUGAUCGAGGUGAAAGGGAAGAAGAUCCGUGGUCGGCUGUACCCGUGGGGCGUGGUCGAGGUGGAGAACCCCGACCACAAUGACUUCCUCAAACUGCGCACCAUGCUUGUCACCCACAUGCAGGACCUCCAGGAGGUGACCCAGGACCUGCACUAUGAGAACUUCCGCUCCGAGAGACUGAAGAGAGCUGGCAGGGAUGUUGAGGAAGAUGUGGUGGACAAGGACCAGAUUCUCCUGCAGAAGGAGAUGGAGCUGAGGCGCAUGCAGGAGAUGAUUACUAAGAUGCAGGCGCAGAUGAACAUGAAGGGGGAUGAGUGUCUCUGACACAUCCUCCUCUCCUCCAUCUCUUCUCUCCAUCUGCCCUCUCCUCCACCCCUAGCCCUUCUACCUAAAUCAAUACCAACCAACCAAUCAGCUAAUCUGUCUUCUGUACUAUAGAACCUCCUCCAGGACUUCAUCAUCCAUCAAAGUGAUUUGUUUACUUUAGAACUUUAUAUUUAGGCCGAAGGUGUUGCUGGUGUGUGGUUAUGUUCUAUGGAAGUGUCAUUUUCUUCAGAUGGAUCAUUUUCAUGAUGUGGGUUAUUAUCAGUGUAAACAGCAGAUCUCACAUUGUAACGGUACUAUGGUUAAAGUUCAGACAAUACUAGCAAUUCAAUGUUUACAUGAAUGUCUGGAUCAUGUUGUUGGUUUCAGCCUUAGCUGCAGUUAUAGAAGUGUCCUUUCAGUGGCACUGUCUGUUUCUAUCACCUGAAAAACAAUUAGGCUAUUUGAAACGGUUUCUGUUUUUACAUGUUGUCCAUGCUCUGCAAAACGUCUUAAUUAGUUUUCCCAUUUGUUAUUAUAAUAUAUGAAUGUAAUGCAACUUUAUAUGAUGCCUUUCCCCAGUAUGCGUACAGAAAGGGAUCUUAUGAUGACUUAUGAUUAUAGGGUUGAGAUGAAACUCCCGGCAGUGUUGAUUUUCAGCGUGGACCGAACCAUGUUUCUUCUGUUGGGGUGAGAGGAAGGUCAGUGAGUUUGGGAGGAUAGAAGACGUUGGUGGGUGAGGAGGUGAGAGAGAUGUGGGAGUUCCCAACUAGGACUAGGACUGAGAGAAUUGAGAUCUACUGUAUGUGGGCUAAACGGCAUGUAUGUCUGUUCUGUAAUGGAGUGCUACUGGUCUAGUCGUGUGUCUCACUGCUUCAGAAGCUUUUGUCAGACCUCAUUUUCUUCAGGUUCAGUUCAGCUGUAGAUGAGCUGUUAGAUUUGACGUCCGGAAAUAGGCCUAUAACCUUUUUAUACCUGCUCUCCUAUGAUAACAGGCCUUCAAACCACUCCAAGUGUCCUCAAUCUGAUCUUAAUAAUGUUUAACUAACAUAAAGAAAUGUGUCAUGGUGUUAUCAAUAAAAUAAGAAUUUAAACAUA